CUAACUGGUUCCUCUAGCCUGAUGGUUCUCAGCCUGUGGGUCGUGACCCCUUUGGGGGUCAAAUGAGCCUUUCAUAGGGGUCGCAUCUCUGAUAUCCUGCAUAUCAGAUGUUUACAGCACAAUUCAUAGCAGUUGCAAAAUUAGAGUUACAAAGUAGCAACAAAAAAUUAUUUCAUGGGGGGGGGGGGUCACCACAACAUGAGGAAGUGUACUAAAUGGUUGUAGCAUUAGGACAGUUGAGAACCACUAGAGGGUAGUCACUGGUCCUGGCCCUGGGGAGAUGGAUGGUUAACCUGGUCUGAAGGAGGCAUCUGAGACCUCUGGGCCUGAGAAGAAUCAACAGACACAGGCCCAGAGCAAGGCCAGAGCUUGGGUAGAAACUAGAAGAAGCCAUAGUUCAAGGAGGGUGUGAAAGAGACUGGAAGGAAGGGACAGUGGGACAGAUGACAACUGCCUCUGAGUCCAGAUUAGACUUGAAUUUGCUGUGUGACUAAGGAUGUCUUGAAACUCCUGAUUUUCCUAUGGCCAUCAGAUGGUGUGUCAGGAUUACAAGCUAAACCACUAUAUCUGGUUAAUGAGGCACUGGACAUCGAGUGUGGGGCUUCUUGCAUGCUAAACAAGCUGAACUACACCCUUGGAAGUUCUUAUCCAAGUCUUUGUGAUGUCUCACUGGGUUGAGAACUGUUAUUCUCUAUAGAUCUGGGCAUAUAUAGACUAUGUUGGAUAGUGGACCGUGUCACCACACAGAAAAUCUGGUAAGGUGGAGAAGAAUCAGGAACCCCAGCAAUUCUGGCAUUUGAGACCCGUAGGCAUUUAAAUCUACUCUUGACUCCGGUGGAGUGGACCAUGACACUCCAUUGAGAGGACUGUGACAAUCAGUCACGUAGGGACAACAGCUGAGGUCCUUCCACGAGCCAAUGAGGCAUUCCUAACAUCCACCGUGAAUAAGCAGUUUGGACAAGCAAUGGCUGUUUCCUUCAAGGACCGCCCCGGGGGGCAAGCCUUUGUCCUACAGAGCAGUGCUCAAGUCUCCGAAGCAGGUCUGAAACUAAGCCGGAUUCCCUGUUUUUAGCCCCACCCCACCCUCAUCCCUUCAACUCUUGGGGUUUCCAUGCCCAGGAGUUUGAGAACCACAGUUUCCGACCCAGUGACAAUGAACUGGGGCCCCUAUCUUAGGUUUCAUUUCCUCUCCCCUGAGCGGUAUGACCCACAAGCCCCGCACCCCAGCGGAGAGAAAGGAACAUAGCCUAGCGCCUCUGUGUUUUAUCUCCCCGAGUGGCAAAGCGAAUGCAGAUCCAUAUAUAUUCUUCCUUUGGCCUCUCUCUCUCUGGUGUGUUCUGCAAGCGCUCCCCUCUUAGAAAGCUGAGUCUGUUUCUGAUCCGCGCAUACCUCAGUUUGUUUAUUAGAAUACUGAACGUUCCCUGCGUGUUAGGAAUAAGCAACAGGGGCUCCAUGAUUCAGGGGAGGAGUUUUCUUGUCGCUAUGAGAGACCAGCCAGGGGCAUCCAGAAGAGUCCAGAGCAGAGAGGAAAAGCAGCAGACUGCCUGCCCAUGGACAGGACCAUCUCUCAGGAGCAGAGAAAAUAGGAGUGGGGAGCUAGAGAAGAGAAUAGUAAGAGCGGCAGGGGGUAGAGUGGGGAUAUUGCUGGUUUUAAGGAAAACGGACGGGGCUGAGGUGGAAGGGCCUGGGAGCUAGCAGAGCGGAGGAGUCAGGGAGGUGAGAGGGGUCAGAAGGCCAGUGCAGAACAGGUACAUGUGAACAUGUGUCAUGUGAAGGAGUCUGCAGGCUAGCAUGGGCUGUCAUGUGGACCCACAGAACUGUUCUGACAGGUUUCUGAGGAACUCUUUGUGAGAACUUUGAGCUAUACACAAGAAACCCUAUAGUCCAGCUUGAGCUGCGGGCCAGACUGUCAUUUUGGACAAAGACAGUGGGCCUGCCCUUUAUUUCAGGGGGCUGGGGAGGGUUCUUGGAAUUUUUCCUUUUGGACCUAAUAAUAGGUAUCACUCUAAGGAUUCUAAGUCCCAGCCCAGGAGACUAGAACCCAGGAGGAAGAACAGCCUGGCUUGAGGCCCUCUAAAGGUCUGCUGCUGUUUGUCAACUCUCCCAGGUAGAGUCUCUGCCCAAUGAGGCACCAAGGACUAGACCCUCCUCCUCCCCCAACCCCUUGCUGCCCUUCCCAGUUAAUGGUACCAGCAUCUCAAGAACUGCUUGCUCUGUCCUCAGAAAACCUCCCAGGGUAGCACACUGACAGCAGGUCCCAGAAGUUGUGGGACCUUCCCCAGGCUCCAAUCCCGGAGAUGUUUAUUCUCUGGGUGGAGGGUGAGAAAAGCAAAGAAAGAUGUUGCAAUCCACUCCGUCCACGUCAGACACGUCAUCCGAAAGGGAGGAGUAGGGCAGGGCCAGAGGAGGGACAGCCUGACGCGGCCACCAGCCCUGACUCAACCUGCCAGCCCCCUUACCUGGCCAGCCUUGAGGAGAUGGAACAGCCCAGGCUACAAGGCCUGCCCCCACUCCUCAACUUCCCUUGAUAAUGAACCAGAAACUGAAACUAAAACAGGCAGGCUCCCCGUUAGAGAUGAGUCACUUCCCAAAGUGACUGAAGUAGCCGAGAAGUGGAAACAGAGGGGCAGAAGAGAACCCAGGGCACUGAGACAGGUGAGAGCAGGUACCAACCACAUAGCUGCCCAAACUGGGAGGCAAUGGGAGGGGGCUUCGAGGUGGGACAGCCAGACAGGACCAGCAAGCUCUGGGACCUAUAGCACACAGAAGCUGAAGGCUGGCAAGAGGCCAGCUUCUGUUGCCAGGUGGCACUGGAGAUAAUGGGCAGGGCUCAGGGUGUAGUUUGGCAGGGUGGUGGCCCAGGAUGCCUGGAGGGCUGUUGGUUCUUGACUGACAGCCUGGCUCUCCCCCACCCCCCACCUCCCCAUCCUCCAGGGCUUUCUGAGGGUCGCCAAGGAGCAUGGCAGGCAUCCCAGAGGUGGUGGCCAUGGACUGUGAGAUGGUGGGGCUUGGGCCUCAAAGGGUGAGUGGCCUCGCCCGCUGCAGCAUUGUGAACAUCCAUGGCGCAGUCCUGUAUGACAAGUACAUCCGACCCGAGGGAGAGAUCACGGACUACAGAACCCAAGUCAGCGGGGUCACGCCUCAGCACAUGGUGAGGGCCACGCCAUUUGGUGAAGCCAGGCUAGAGAUCCUGCAGCUUCUGAAAGGCAAGCUGGUGGUGGGCCAUGACCUGAAGCACGACUUCAAUGCCCUGAAGGAGGAUAUGAGCAAGUACACCAUCUAUGACACGUCCACAGACAGGCUGCUGUGGCAUGAGGCCAAGCUGCAGUACUACAGCCGAGUGUCCCUGAGGCUGCUGUGUAAGCGCCUGCUACACAAGAACAUCCAGGUCCUGCCUGGCAGCCUCUUGGGGGUUGGAGGAUGCAUCUUGCCAGGCACUGACAUCCUUCAUCUUCUGCUCUAUGUCGGAAUGGUCAGGAUUGCUGAUCUCCGCUUGCUGACGCCCUUUCUACCUCCGAGCUGCCUCGCUUGCCCACUGCUCCCGGAGAGUCUUGCUUCUGCUCGCUCGCACGCUGUUAUUUCUGCCCUGUCCAGCUCUAGUCACCUGCUGACACCCCUCCCAAACCCGAGUCAGGGACCUCAGGGACACGUGGACAGACUGAGCGGCCAGCUCCAGGACUGGGGAGGCAGCCCCUUAGCUCCUGCUCUCCCUGUGUCUGCAGAACAACUGGCGGGGCCACUGCUCUGUGGAAGAUGCCAGGGCCACAAUGGAGCUCUACAAAAUCUCUCAGCGACUCAGAGCCCAGCGAGGGCUGCCUUGCCCUGGGACGUCAGACUGAACUUCAUCCUCAUCCAGGGUUAGAAGCUGCCACUCCUCAAGUUCUCCAUGAAUGAGACCUGUUUCUAACAACCACUGCCACCAACCACCGCAAUGUGUAAAACCAAGAACACUCCCCCAUUACAGCAACUCUCUUGCUUUGAGGCAAAAACAACAACAACAACAACAACAACAACAACAGCAAAACCAAAAAAAAAAAAAAACUUUAGUAAUAAAUGGCUUUGAUUUUGUCUAA